GCAUUGAGGAGUCAAAGAACAGCAUGUUUGCUAACGCCGGCUACCUCCGCUUAUUGCCGCGGCUUAUGUACUUCACUGGGACGGUCCCUCGCUUCAAGUCCACAGCUUGACACCCAACGUGGCAACUCUCACUCAAGUCGCCGGUUCGCAAAAAGGGCUAUCUUAACAAUGAUGGAGAACAGAUAUUGCUUCGUAGAUGGGUUUGGGCCUAGCAGGGCCACCAAGAAAGCCAUACGCAGCCAUGCAAUGAAAGGCAAGAACGCUGGGAAGACUUUGCAUCGACCUUCGAAACUAAAACAAUUGGCGAAGCCUCGACACCUUGUGUAUCCUGCCCAAACAAAUUUAGCUCAGCACUCGAAUCCCGGAUAUUUUUCAGUCUGUGAAAACCUAAUUACAAUCCCUAGACCUCACGGAAAUGUCUUUCUCGCCUGUUCCUUGCCGGUCGUACUUACGGCGCCAUCUCUACGGAUAAUCAGUCAAUUCCUCACUUCUGUCGCAGAGAAGAUGUAUCCCCCUCGGCUAGGUGUAUCGCCAGAUGAAGCGAGGUACAUGUGGCUCCAGUUGAUGUUCACGGACGAGGCGGCAUCCCGCUGUAGUAUUGCCUUGAUGGACGCCUGCAACGGAUUCUUCUUCGGCGAUAAUCCUGAUUCUCCUAGAGGUCUAUACUUUCUUUCGGAAGUUUUGUGUCUGGUCAACGAACGAUUACGGGGCAAGGAAGCUUUGUCAGAUUCGACACUCUCGUUGGUUAUCUCCCUCAUUCUUCAAGAAGAGAUGCGACAUGAUCAGGCAGGUGCUGAAAUUCACUAUGCCGGCCUCACGAAAAUGGUGCAGCUCCGAGGUGGUUUGAACGAGUUCAACAGCAAUCUCCCGCUGCUGCUGAAGAUCUGCAAAAUGGAUAUAUGCCAUGCUCUCCAAAAUGGGGGUCCUGUUUUGUUCUUUUGGGAUUGCCUACCUUCAAGUCAAACGGACGUUCAUCAUGUGUUGAGUUCCUCAUCCUACUUGGAUGGAGACAUGGCUCCAGAUUUGCGUAGGAUCCUCGUGGAUGCCCUUAACUUUUCAGCACAGGUCAACCAAUGCUUAAAUUUCCCUGCCUAUGAUGUCAUCACAUUUCAGGAGACGUUGGUGUCAAUCUGUUGUCGCUUGAACCAAUUUCAGCCACUAAAAGCACUCCGAUGUGGUACGCCCAUGGAAAGUGCCUAUCAUAUCGGCCUGACAACUUUUAUGAUGACCCUAUUUAUGCAGUGGGACGGUCGCCGGAUCUGGCACUAUCCUCUGGUCUCCCGUCACCUCAGAGAAGUGCUCGAGUACGAGGAAAUGUAUGGAUGUGGCGAAUACGAUAAUCUCCUUCUUUGGGUGAUGUUUAUUGGCGGUAUUUGGGUUUUGGCCGAUCCCGAUGGCUUUUGGCUCUUGCCUAAACUCCGAACUCUGGUUCGAAAACUGGGCAUCAAAGAUUUCGAGGGUGUUUUGAAACGGCUCCGAAGCUUCCCAUGGAUCAAUGAAAUGCACGAUGAGGCGGGUCGAUUUAUUAUGGAUAUGCUAUAACCAGGGACUUGUGCUGUUUGGAAUGACUAUGUAUCGGGAACG